ACUGUAUGUGGGAAAUUUGAGUCAUUAGCGUGGGAAGCCUACCCGUGUUUAGUGAACUAUGUCUGCAACAAAAGUGAAGUCAUUGCUACCCCCACCUUCAGUAGAAAGCUCAUUUUCUUCCUCAGGUUCUUGCUCUGCAGAAGGUUCUGUGCCAUCAGAUUGUUCUGCAAAGACUAGCCCUGGAACUAGCCCAGCACACCUUCCACGAAAUCGUCCAAAAUCCAUGAUCCCCAAAAUCCAGCUACCUCCUAGACCUUCAACAGCUCAACUGAGACCUGCCAACAAGCACAGGCUUUCACUUGGGAAACCUGUAUCACUUAAAGAGAUUCGGAGUUCUUCAGUUGGAAAUGCUCCUGUCAAGGAGGAUCAGUUUUCUAAUGAAUCAAUGGAAGUGAAGAGGAGAAACUCGAAAGGCACGAAUGGUCACAUUCGCAGCAGCAGCCUGUCAAACGGUAGGGACAGGUUGAGCCUUUAUGCUCCAAGCUAUUCGGCAAGCGAAGAAAGUUGUUCGGAGAAGAGCAGAGAAGAGAUCAGUGAGCUGAUGACGCAUUCGCUCAUAACAACGACUGGCGCAAGCAAUAACAAUGACAAACUUGCAAAGAAUCGAAAGCCGUUGGCGCUUAAGUCAGCCGAAAAAAAGGCUCGCAAGGUCAAAUUUUACCGCAACGGCGAUCGUUUCUUUAAAGGCGUUACACUGGCCGUUUCAGCUGAGAAAUACCGCACCUUUGAUUCUCUCCUCUCUGAGUUGAAUAGACUCGUUGGGGAUCGAGUCAACCUUCAUCAAGGAGUCCGAUUUAUUUUCACUACUGAUGGUAGUAAAAUUAAUACGAUAGACGAAUUACAGGAUGGUGAGUGCUACGUUUGUGCAUCCAGCGAUCAAUUUAAGAAACUAGAAUACACCAAGUGUGCUGGAACAACGGCCAUGCGUAGGUCGCGCAUUACUUAUGGGCAAGGAGCUAUAUGCCGCGAAGCAUCCAUGAUCUCUGGCUUAGACCAGUGGAAGGAGCGUAGGAAUAAAAAUCACGCAAAUAACAAUAGCAAUGGUGCAAGCAGCAGUGUCUACAGCGCGUCUAUGGGAAAUGGCGGUGAUAGUAGCAUUCGCUGGGCGGAAUACAUGAAGCCACGUCUCAUUACGAUUAUUCGCAAUGGCAGUCGGCCUCGCAAAGCUGUACGUCUCCUACUCAACAAGAAAACUGCCUUCACUUACGAACAGGUAUUGAGCGAUAUAACGGAGGCAAUCCGACCAGAUUCAGGAACCGUUCGUAAGUUGUACACGGCAGAUGGAAGACAGGUGGGAUGCUUGGCUGAUUUCUUCGGUCCGGAUUUCAUCUUUAUCGCCUAUGGCAACGAGAAAUUUUCUCACGAUGAUUUUGACCUCACUUCCAACGAAAUUAAAUAUCUACCACCAUUUAUCGCCCGCAGUCCGAUGAAUACACGAAGAGGAAAAAGUGGCAGCUCGAGAACUGGAUACACCGGAGGAACCUCUCAGACUCACCGUUCACCAUCAAACGGAAGGGCUGGCGGAAGCAUGGGGAAAAGCAUGGUUGUAGGAGUCGCAGGAGUUGACGUGGAGCAACGACCGCGUGACUCUUCACUUCCGCGUGUUUAUGAAGAUCCAGAUGAAUUAGCAUCAUCUAAUCAGAUGGUGGUAGAUGUGCCAAUCGUGGUUGAGAUUCGUUACGAGGUCGGACGUAUUAUCGGCGAUGGAAAUUUUGCCGUUGUUCGUGAGGGCAUCGAUAGACGAACGCGAGAUCGUUUUGCGUUGAAGCUAAUCGAUAAAAAGCGUUGCCAAGGCAAAGAAGUGGUACUUGAAAGUGAAGUACAAGUUCUUGGUCGAUUAAGACAUCCGAAUGUUGUAAAACUUUAUGACGUUAUCGAUGCCAAUAGCAUUCUCUGUCUGGUUUUGGAACUUGUUGAGGGAGGCGACCUGUUCGAUGCCAUUGCUGCUGCUGGCAAGUUUAGUGAACCGGAAGCCAAACGAAUGACAUUUGACUUAGCUUCGGCACUUUCUUAUCUCCACUCGCUCAAUAUAGUACAUCGUGACGUGAAACCGGAAAACCUAUUUGUGGUAAACUUACCGGAUGGAAUGCGCUCUUUAAAACUGGGUGACUUUGGUUUAGCUGAAGAGACACAUCAACUGCUCUACACGGUGUGCGGUACACCGACGUACGUAGCUCCAGAAAUCCUUCUAGAAACGGGUUACUGGCUAAAGGUGGACGUAUGGGCCAUGGGAGUUAUCGUUUUCAUUCUCCUCUGCGGAUACCCACCCUUUGUCAGUCCAACCAAUGACCAAGAAGAGCUUUUCGAAACUAUUUUGGCUGGACAUUUUGAAUUCGCCUCUCCAUAUUGGGAUGAUGCAAGCCAGAUGGCCAAAGACAUGAUUACGCUCAUGUUACAAACCGAUCCCGAGCUAAGAUUCUCGGCCAUGGAGGUCCUCCAACAUCCGUGGCUAACGGAGGAUGAAGAUUGGCCCGACACCCAACAAUGUAGCCGCUUAGGACUUCAUUUUGACACAAGUCACUCAGCGACUGAGCUGUCGGCUGCACAAGCCACUGCUAAGAAAUCACCCAAGUCACUUAUCACUACAACGGCGCUAGAGAUGCCGUUGAAGUUCAUGUGGAAAUGUGGAUCUCCUCGACGAAGAUUGCCACUAGUAAAAUGAAAACAACAGUAUCACGUGCAUAAUCGACAUCUCCAAAAAACAUAAACUGAUGCCUGCAACGAGAGUACUUCACGAACGAAAGCGAGAUAUCCAACGUAUUGUCUGUUUAUGUUGAGGUUCGAUUGUCAAAGGCAUCGAUGUAUCUUGCACAAGUUAUAUCCUUGAACCGUAUAUGAUACUUUCUUGUACAAGUUUGUGUACGCCAGUAGUGUGCAGAAUAUGGCAGAUGCAUGAAUGCAGAUCCGAGAUGCACCUAAAACGUUCUUUGAUGCAGUAGAAGUUAAAUGUCAAAGUUUAAAUAGGAAAACACAAAAAAACAAACAAUUGGGGAGCUAUUUAGAAAUUAUGCAGUUCUAAACCAAAGAUGCAAUUAGAGUAAACUUGCUGAUUUCUCCCUUUCCCCUCUCGUUAAGAAGAAAAAAAGAAAAGAAAGACAAAUGAGUAAAUGAUGCACGACAGUUGCCUUGAUGGUUGCCCUUUUUAUGAAGUGAUUGCGAAACAAUUGAAAGCAUAUUUUAAUGUCCCAUUAAAGCUAUCGGUUUUUCUCUAUUUUCCGCAUGUUCUCGUAUUUACUUCUUCUGCCCAUUGUCCCUAAAACUUGUUUUCUUCCAUUAGCUGAGUUAGCAUGCUUUAUUGUAAGCAACAGUUAUCCUUUACUGUUAAUGUGAAAUAGCAAUGAACAAUAUACAGAUGCUGCAAUGGAAAA